AUGCAUGCUCGCCUGUGGCUCGAGUACGGGCGGGUUACCAUUGGGCCGGAGGAGUUGGCCAUUUGCGGGAGGUGCUUAGCCGCCCCAACUGGAACAACGGUGGACACGCGUGAUGUCGGGCAGACAGCCGAGCCUUUGACAGUGGAACAGGACAGCGCGCAUGUUUUGCAGGAGUUCUUGACCAAGCAAGAAGGCCGCAAGGGGCAGGACAAGUUUCUCGCAGUAGAAUGCCUGUUGGCGCCUUUUGAAGUGACCCCUGAUUCUCAGAUACUUAGGUUCCCGCACGAUGCCAACCAGCUCUACCACAUUUUAGAUGCUGAUGGUGGAGGGGAAGUCACCUUCGAGGAGAUCGACCCAGCAGCUGAUGAGCUUUGGGACACAUGGCCGCAUUUUGGGCAGCCAUUUUGGGCAGCCAUUUUGGGCAGCCGCAGUUGGACAAAGCUGUGGGGCUUCGGCAUCAAACCCAUUGUUCAAGAUUCGGCACCAAACCCAUUGUUCAAGAUUUUUCAAGAACAGAGACGCAUAGACAACUUCCGCAGCUGGGCAUGUGAGACAUACCCGCAGGGUGCAGAAGACUGCAUCCAGCGGAUGUCACGGCAAACCGAGCUGAAGGUGGAGGCCAUCAAGAUAGACUUAUUUCAUUUCGAAGCAGACUUGGUAGAGAAGCACUGGACAUAUGGGCAAGAGGAGCAGCUGUUCCAAGCCCUUUGUGCAAACCAGGGACAUCUUGUAAUCGGCGACAUGCGCUGGUUGAACUUGGAAUUGCGUCGCUUGAAGAAAAAGCUGAAAGCAAGGGAGCAGGCGCACAUGGAAACCAGAGCAUUGGCCAAGAAGCAAUCCAAGGAUCCGCGAGAAAAUCUUGCAGAUUUCAAGCGCUUUUUGCGCCAGAAGCAUGGGGGUAACCUGAUCCGAGCCUGGCGACAAGCUUUGACCGAAGGUGACGCAAUGCUGCUGCACAAGGGUGCUUUCUUCAAGGCAUGUGUCAACCUGAAAUGGCGAACAGAUGUCAAGGGACUCUGGGAGGAGUUAGAUAGGGAUGGCAGCGGCACCAUAGGCAUUGAGGAACUGGACUUCCGUGCAGCAGAGGAGCUGGCGCUCUUCCGUCAGUUCGUUAUCAACAAGUUCCAAAAUGCAACCCGAACGUUUGCAGCUUUGGACCUGGAUGGCAACAAGAAUGUCAGCGAAUCUGAAUUUAUGCAAGCUCUGAAGGAGUUUGGUUAUGAGAGCCGAGACAGGCUCAUUUUCCAAGCGCUCGACAGGAACGGAAAGAAAAAGAUCAACCUUGAGGACAUCCUCUUCCUAGAUCAGUGGAAGCCUAUGGAGUUCUUAUUGGCUCGUGCUAAUCACGAGGCUGCAGAAUCCUUUAAGAAAAAGUUGCACGAUCGGUUUGGCAGCUAUCUCCGUGGCUGGAAGAUGGUGCUGGACUGUGAUGGCAGCAACACUUGCAACUGGGAGGAGUUCCGGCAAGCUUGCAAGAGAUUGGGUUUCAAGCACGAUGUAGCCGGUGCCUGGCGCGCAUUGGACUCGACCAUGUCAGGGACAAUAUCGUUGUCGAGCGUCGACCCUGCUUCAAGUACCGUGCUACUGGACUUCCGCAACUGGGCCGUGAAAGAGUUUGGGAGUGUAAAGUCCAUGUUCACUGUCUUUGACGAAGACAACUCCAAGUCUUUGUCCUUAAAAGAGUUCAAACGUGCCUGUCGAAUCUAUGGUUUUCGGGGGCAUUUGAAGUCACUCUUCAACAUUCUGGAGUCAACGGGGUCAGGUGGACUCACAGUGGAGGAAGUGGUUUUUCUGGACCGCUGGGCAAAUCUGACCGUGGAGGCCGUGGAUGACAGCAAGAACGACACCAUGACAGGCUUACCGAGCAUUCCAGAUUUCCCUGAGCCUGGGGGUGAGAUCGCCAAUUUGGGAGGUGUGGAGCCUAGAGGCCUAGAGUCAGUGUCGAUGAAGAGUAGCACUCUGGUAUGCUGUCGUGAAUCAACAGCCGUUGAAGCUGGGCGAUUGCUCACCAUAGCUUAG